CAACGUGUUUCCAGACCUGAUAUGGCCAACAUGAAGCAAGAGGAGUUGGAAAUCAGUCCGAAAACACAGGCCCGAUAUUGCUCUGUAGCUUGGAAGUACUACAUCAAGAAUGAGAGCAAUGCCACUGUUCACUGCAGGUUGUGUAAGACGGACUUUAAGUUCUCUUCGAAUACAGCCAACAUGAUAAAACACCUGAGAGUGAAACAUCGACUCAACAUCCCCACUGUAGCCAACGGCGGAGAGAGACUGUGCACGGAAGAGCCCAACGAAGACAGCAUGGACAUGGAUCUCCCACCUCAAAGGCAUCCUGGAAGUCACAACGGUCAAAUUCUUCGUCGGAGAAUGCACCGUUUUUUACCAUUUUCUGAUCGCCGCACAUCAAAAGUGUGGAACCACUACACACAGUUAAGUCUGUAUCGUGUUGAGUGCAACCACUGUAAAAGGCAGCUUUCCUUUCACAACAGCACUACUUCCAUGAGAGAACACUUGGGACGCAAACACAGCAUUCGGGAAGGAGCCGUUCCCCCUCACAACACAGCAGGCAUCCCCACUCCUGCAGCAUUGCAUUCUCACAUUCAGACCUCUUUACAUGGUAACAGAUGUAACACCACAGGCAAUGCUCCAUUUCAACCAGUGCUACCUGUUACUGUCAAGGAGGAGCAGGAAGAAAUACUGGCAUCUGAUAUGGUGGAGACCAAACCUGCCCGGACAACAUAUGCCCCUGAUUGUGCAGCAGGAAGUGGUGCUUCAAGUUCAAAUGCCAUUGUACACCAAGAAACAGAUUUGGGCUGCCUAAUGUAUAAUUUUCCUGCAGGGGAGAUGAGCGGCACUGCCGGAGGCAGCAGCAACCGCAGUGGCACAAGGGCCUGCAGCAACAAGCGAGCAGAGGUAUUGACCGAUCUUAUCUUGGAGAUGGUCUUCAGAGACCUUCAGCCGUUGUCUGUGGUGGAAGAAAGAGGGUUCAAGCUCUUACUGAGUUGCCUAGAGCCUAACUACCCUGUGCCUUCUCCAUCUCUGCUCGGAAGUCUACUAUGGCAUCGCUACCACAACCUCAAGCAAUGCCUUCAGCAGCAUCUACAGGCAAGUCUAGCUUCUCACUGUCUGACCCUCUGCACUGAAUACUGGCGAUCCGUAGAUGGGUGUGGGGUUGAUGGGGAUGGUCAGUACUACCUUACAGUCAGUGCUCAUUUUGUUGACUCUCACUGGCGCCUGGCUCGUUGUGUGCUCGAGACCCGACCGGUAGCAGAAUUUAAAGGAAACCCUUCUGAGAAAGGGCAAGCGAGCUUUGCGGACACCUUGAGAGCAGUCCUCUCUGAGUUCCAGCUUCCAGAAAACUUCGUUUUCUGUGUUGUGCAUGACACCCCCAGUGGAUCUGAGUCCAGAAGGCAGGACAAUAUGGCCAUUGAUCAGGAAUAUCAGCAAGAAUUUGCUGGACCCAGCCAUCCUCCUCCGGGCAAUCUUCCAGAGGGAUGGGCACCACUGCUUUGUGCAGGACAAGCCCUGAAACUCUGUGUCCAGGAAGGACUUUGUGUGGAGACUGUCAGACAAGCUCUGACAGAUGCUCGUGCCAUCGUCCUACAUUUCCAGCACGAUGUGAAUGCUUCUACAGCACUGAGCCAGAAAGCAGAGGCUGUUAAUAAACAGUCUGCAUGCCUGGUUUUGAAUGAUCCAGAGCGCUGGACCACUGCCAUUGAGAUGUGCGAAAGUCUGCUGGAGCUCAAAUGGGUAAUAAGCUCUGUCCUAGAGGAGCAAAAAGUAGCAACAAAUCUGGCAGAUCACCAGUGGCGUCUUGUACAUGAACUGGUUCCCGUGCUCAAAACCGUUCGCAUUGCAGCAUCGUUUUUGAGUGAGGACAUCAAUGGACCCAUUUCAGCCCUAAUGCCGUGCCUGCAAGGAGUGUCUCGGCUCCUGGGAAAGAAAAUUGCAGAGUGCACCUGUCCAGUGGUUAGGGGAGUUAUGGAGAGAAUUCGUGCUGGUAUGGACAAACGUUGGAGUCUGAGUGAUGAAGAUGCUCUUUUGGACUGCCCUGCUGUAUUGUCCUCAUUUCUGGACCCGCGUUUUAAAGAGUUGCGGUUUCUCAGCCCACAUGCUCGCAGCAAGUUGCAUGACAAAGUGAAAGAGCUGCUAUCUGUUCAGGCUUUCACAAGUAACGAAGGAAUGAAUGGAGAGAGGAGACAAAGCAUGGAAAUGGAAGAGCCUGUGGAUGAACAUGGAGAACCUGCUGAUUUUGGAUUGGAUGAUCCUUUGCCAAUUCCUGCAAUGGCUUCUUUAGAUUCUCCAGAAUCAGUUGGAUCGGCAGAGGAAGGUGACAGCGUUGAGCUACAGCCGAGUGAGCCCUCUGUUGCUGUAUCAUCUCCAGAACAGGUCAAUGAAAACACGCUUGAGGUUGGAUCACCUUUCAAGAAUGCCAGUGACCGUAAAAGACGUUCUAGCGGGACCAGUAUGACCUCGCCACUGAGAGGGGAUUUACACCUCACGCCUCGUAUACGGAUGAGUCCUCUUCCGCAGAGUAUGUACGAUAUUCUUCUGGGCGAGGAUCCUACUGAGCGAAUGCCAGAGAUUCACCAGCAGCUGGAGAAUUACAUAGCAGAGCCACUUUGCCGACGAAGUCUCUCACCCCUGCAAUGGUGGCGCAACAAGGAGCAUCGCUUUCCUGCUGUGGCCAGACUGGCACGGAAAUACUUGUCUAUACCUGCAACUUCCGUGUCUGCCAAUCGGGCCUUUGCCCCUAGGGAGUCCCCAGUGACCCAAAGAAGGGCCACACUGGGAUCUAAACACCUUGACCACAUUUUGUUUCUUCAUCAGAACACUGACUAUGUGGAUCUGCUGAAAGGUGGCUCCUCUGCACGCGAAAAUGAGCAGUGGAACAGUGUCAGUGGAAACCAAAGCAGAGAAAGUCUUUACCAGACUCUAGUGUCCUAUGAAAGUAAGGUUCGUGUGUCUGAGGAGGAGUCAUGAUCCCUGUUUAUGUACAUAUGUACAAAGUCACAUUGAAGGGAUAGUUAACCCAAAAUUAUAAACGCUGUCAUCAUUUACCCCCAAUUUACUCACCCUUACUAAAAAAAUACAAUGGAAGUCAAUGGGGACCACAACU